AUGCGCAAUUUGCUUUUCGCCCGUAUCGAAAUACUCAAUGAGGCGAUGCAGGAUAUACUUCCUACGGACGAAGUGAGACCAGAAGAUGUAGUUGGAAUGUUCAAGUUGAAGUGUGAUAAGGAUCCGAGUAUUUGGGAUUUGCCGUGUACUCUCCUAUCCGAUCUCGAUCAUAUCAGCUCCGGCCGCAAAAGUGAAGGUCUAGUCCGUUGUCGCCUGAGCCUCAUACUAUUGAACUGUCUUGCAGCAGAGGAACGAUGCUAUAAUGCUGUCAUCUCAGAUCAGUCUAUUGCUCCUCCUGAUUCUGAAAUCAUUCCUGGGCAAGCAUCCCCAACACUAUCUGAUGCAUCUUGGUGCCCCGUGGGGCCGGAGAUAGUGCGAUUGAGCGUGGAGACGCCAUUAUCGAGUGCAGUGGAAUAUAAUGGCCGCGCACGCCUACUCUACGGCACGGCAGAUUUCGCGCUGUGGUAUGGGUCCGCAAAGGAGAUGGCGUCGAAUUUGGUGGUUGUAGGUAGCGAUGGGUGGGGAGACCACGGCGCGGCAGGGGGAGGGAAAAUGUUUGGCCCUUAUGAGUAUGUAUCGUGCAUUCGAGGCGGAAGGAGGGCGGAAGGAAGAACGCUACUGUUUAUGGAAUAUGCAGCGAUGGUGUCGAGUUCUAUUUCCUCCGAAUUUAUCACGACUCUAAGGAAAUACUUUCAGCUUGCUAAGGUUCAGGGCACAACUGUCGAUUUAGUAUUCGAGAACUGGUUCAGGACUUGA